AUUUCGCUUUUAAUAAACCAACACUUUUUGGAACUAUACUUUAAUUCAUAUAUACAUAUAUAUAUAGCAUAUAUUUAGCACUAUUUUCCUAAUAUAUUACCAAGCGAUCAUACAUUGACAGCAAUGUUUUGCCUUUCUGACAAAUGGCGGCCACUCGACCUUGAAGCUUCACUUCUCUCUGCAGCGCAGGGUUAGGUAGUCGGGUAUCUAGGUAACUUAAUUUAACAUCUAUGGUCAAAUCUGAGGUCCUAGAUUUCGAGAAACUUAUUCCAUGGUCCCUUGGUUAUAAAAUCGGUUCUCCUGAAUCUAAAGCCGUUGCUGCAAAAUUGAAGAAAUUUUACUUUGGUGACGAAGAAUACUCCCGGAAUUUUUUAAAACAAAAAUACGACGCUUUGUCUGAUAUUUACUUCCUUUAUGGUAUUUAUGAUACAAUAAUGACUCAAUCCGCUGUUUCCAAAGCUCCCAUUUAUCUGUACUGGAUGACUCUCGAAACCAAGCUGAACUUGUUUAAAAUGCUUCUAGGCGUUAGGAUACCAGGUGUUUGUCAUUGUGAUGAUGUUUUUUACCUUUUCAAGAAUUUUGCCACUCCGAAAAUAGUACCUGGUAGUGUUGAAGACAUCGGUGUUACUAGGUUUGUCAGGUUGUGGACCAAUUUUGCCAAAUUUGGAAAUCCGACUCCUGAUAAGAAUGACGAUUUGCUGAAAGUGGUGUGGAAACCCAUCACGGGUCGUAAUAUGGAUUGUCUUGAAAUUGGGAAAGAAUUACAAGCCAGGUCAAAACCGGUGACUGAAAGUCUACUGCUCUGGAAACAAGUGUUUGCUGAAAGUCCAGCUGGAAGGAAACAGAAUGAUGCUGUUUGAAGGGAUCCAAAUAAAUGUCUUUACAAUACAUAC